GCAAGAUGCGCCCUUCAGCCACCCAUCUACCCGUUUUGCGCACUCGAACGCAUCAGGAUGAGUCCAAGUCAGUCGCGGAGGGAAGAGUCUCCUGAGCUCAAUAUUGACGAUGACAUUGCCUGGUUCGACCAGAUGAGUGACGAUGACGACAUGGAUGGUCAGGGGGAAGGGGAACAUGAGGACGAGGAGAGCGGAGGAAGUUUCCAUGAUGCCGAAGAGAAUCUCAGCGGAUUAGAGCUCGAAAUCGACUUCGGCGGACUCGACGACGAAGAGGAAGAGGAAGAGGGAGAACAGGGGCAAGAGGGGAAUCAGGAAGAAGAGACCGCAGACACUCAUGCCAAUAAUCGGGUGGUCAUUACUCACGAACAAAUCAUACAACUCCUCGGCCAUGCUGGACUUGGACGGUUAUUCGCUCACGGCUUUCCCAGUAGAGGGUCCCGGCGCCGCAACACUCGUCGUUAUUUCGAUGAAGACGAAGCCGGUCCUGCCGGUUCAAAAAGCAAGAGACUCCGUGGCCCGGCGGCAUUUGAAAAAGUCCCUAGUGAGGAGGGAAGAGCUUUGAUGAAUACCGGCACGUUUGGAUCAAAUCCACGACCGGAGGAUACGAUAAGGCGGAAGAGGCGUCUGCAACACAAAAUCAUGCGACGGGAGCUAGGUUUGGGAAGCGAGGGCAGGCAAAGAAAUGCCAACAGGCUGAUGAAGCAGGACAUGAUACCAGGGACACAAGCCGAUCUCAUCAUACACUACAAUGCACGAUGUUAUUCGGGACAGUUCAGCGACGAUGGCAACUUCUUCUUCUCCUGUGCGCAGGACUUCCGCGUCCGAAUGUACGAUACGUCGAAUCCUUACAACUGGAAGUAUUACAAGACUGUGGAAUACCCUUAUGGGCAGUGGACGAUAACAGAUGCCUCAUUGAGCCCCGAUAACCGUUUAUUAGCCUACAGCUCCAUACGGAGCGUGGUCUGUCUGGCACCUACAGACCCCCAAGACAGAUCUGAACCCCGUUUACUCGACUUCGCAGAUUCCUCGUUUAAUCUUGGGUAUCCGAGCUAUUUUGGCAUAUGGUCAAUACGGUUUUCCGGUGACGGCCGAGAAAUCGUAGCAGGCGCUGGAGACAACGGGGUUUACGUUUAUGAUAUCGACGCAGGGAGAACCACUCUACGCAUUGAAGCCCACGAGAACGACGUAAACGCCGUCUGUUUCGGAGACGUGAAUUCUCCCCACAUCCUGUACUCCGGAUCUGACGAUACGACGCUUAAAGUGUGGGACCGGAGAAGUAUGGGAGAUGGUCGACCAGCCGGAGUCUUCCUAGGGCAUACCGAAGGCCUGACUUACGUUGACAGCAAAGGAGACGGCCGAUAUGUCCUAAGUAAUGCUAAAGAUCAAACAGCCAAGCUCUGGGACUUGCGGAAGAUGAUGAGCGCCGACAAGGCCGAACGGAUAGACAUCUCGAGGUACACUCUAGGCUUCGAAUAUCGCAGUAAUCAUUACCCGCAGGACGAGUAUAUGCCGCAUCCACACGACUGUUCUCUGGUGACUUUCCGUGGUCACCAGGUCCUCAAAACGCUUAUCCGCUGCCACUUCUCGCCUCCUGGCAGCUCCGACUCAAGAUACGUUUAUUCCGGAAGCUUCGACGGCUCAGUGUAUGUCUGGAAUCUGGACGCUACCCUCGCUGGAAAGGUAGACGUGCUUGCUGCUACAAGAAACUCUAGACCGCGGGAUACUCGCAUGCCGCAUGAUUCUUGGGGUUAUUUCGGCAACAAUCAUGCACAUUGGAGCACUUGUGUGCGCGAUGCCUCGUGGCAUCCCAAUGCGCCCAUUAUAGCUGCCACGUCGUGGAAUGGAUGGGGCAUCUCGCAAGGGACAUGCACUGUACAUACCUGGAACGAUGGCCUUGACGAGGAUGAGGCGGAACCUAAGGUCGGGAGACGCGUCAAUGCCAGGCUUGCGCAUGAUGAGAGACUCUACCGGCCAUCGGGUCACUCAGGUCGGGAUGGCGCUUGGCAUCAUAGUCAGUGGCUCGAUGAGGAGGAGUCAGAGGAAGAGGAGGCGUCAGAGUAUCAGUAUGAGGUGGAUGAAGGGGAGACGACGGAGAAUACGGACGAGGACGAUUAGUAUAUAUCCACGAUGCGGAGAGUGGCCGGAGUCUAUCCUUAUCAGUUGGGAUCUUGGGAUUUUUGUAGUGUCAGGGGUUUGGGGUGUCAUGGUUGAUUCGAAAUCAGGUCCCAAGAGCUUUCUGGGUAUCCGAAUGAACAUGAAUUGGCUCAUGAUGUGUAUAUAUGAAUGGAUGAUCAAACUCCC